AUGGGACCUUGUUGUGUGUCUAUGAUCAAUAACACGCACUUCAACGACUCUACAUCCAGCUCUGAUGCAGCAGAUGUGUUAAUAAACUCAAGCAGAGCAGCUUUGGGUGCCAGCAGAGAGAAAAUACAACGUAAGAGCCAUAAUAAAGUUCAUAUUUACAUCAGGAGACUGUCAGACUCUGAAGAUGUUCAUUCUGUGGGUGAGAGAGAAAUCCCACCUGCCCUGUCUGUGAAUAUACCUUCAGCUUCAGAUACAGGUAACACUGUUGGAUUAGGCCUGUCACGAUUGAACCCCAUGAACAACAGUCUGGUGGACCAUCAAAUAAAUUUGCUGACUUUUUUUGACCAAGCCUCCAGGAAAGAGAAAAGUAAAGUUCAAACUACAAUCAUGCAGACAGCAAACGUAAAGUCAAAAGGUGAAGAUGUGCACGUUUCUACAUACUCUGCUGAUGGGAGAGGAGCAGUUUCUGCAGCCCUCAAGAAAAGAUCCCAAAGUGCCCCUUUAAGACGUAACGUGACAGUACAAGUGUUGGACCAAGACCGAUCCCAAACUCCAGGAGGCCAGUCAGAUCCUGUUUGUCCAUUAGGAGAUCCUGGGACUUCUGCAAACGUGGCAGCCAUAACCGCUGCUACUAUUGCUGCCACAGCGCCACUUAUCAAGGCUCAGCGUGAGAUGGAGGCUCAGAUCGCACUGGUAACUGCUGAGCUGAGGAGGUUGCAGGCAGCAGAGUCCAGUGUCCAGCCGGGAAGGGCGGCCAAUACUGAGAACAGUCCUGCUGGGAGAGCAGCCCAUCUGGAGGAACAACUUAGCAUUCUGAUCCAGCAGAGACUGCAACACCUGGAGACCAUCCAAUGUCAGCAGAUCCAGCUGCAGAAUCGCCUCCUGGGAUCAGCUUUGGAUGUCGUAGCAGCUCGGGCAAACACAGACUCACAGUCCACCCUGCACAUGAGCUCUGGAAUCACCCAGACAGACUCUCUGCCAGCUCAGAUCUCAGGCAGUCGCAGCGUCAGACUCUCUGCUACUGAUAAAACCUCUGCUGGAAGCCCAGCAUCAGUCUCAAAGGAUGUGCUCCGAGACAAACAAACAGGUGGGCAUAAAAGCCCCCUGGAGACCCCUGCACCACGUAAAGUCAUUCCUAAACCCAUCCACUGGACAUCAUCAUCAUCAUCAUCAUCAUCAACAAGCACCAUCAAACCUCAGAAAUCCUCCCUCAGGAACCAAGGAAAUGGCAGACUUCAGGACCAGAGCCCUAAUAAUCGGAGGUCUCCCGAGAGAUGUGCCUUGCAGCCUGUUGGGGUAAAGAGGUUCGCCAUGGCAACAGCCAACAACGGCCAACCAGAGCGGUCCAGGAAAAGCCAGACGCCACCUAAAGCAUCUGUUGCUCUUACUGGUAGUGUACAACCUGAAGAACCAGCUUUCAUGAAGCCACAGAAUGAACGGAAGAACCAGGCAGAACAUAUACAUGUGGCAUCUUCCAACUCGGCUGUCCAAAGAGCCAAUGAGAUGCUGCAGGAUCCGGGAUGGUUUAAAAAUGAGAUGAAGAGUCUACUGCAGAUUGCUGAUGCGUUUCCUGUGCAGAAUGCCAAGUUGACCCAGAACAGCAGGAGCAGCCAUCUCGCCCCCUCCGCCACGACCCCGCCUCUUCCCAUAACCCCCAUCUCCUUGCCCCCAGAGCCGGUUGAUACGAUUACCAUCAGGGCUGCUCCUUUAAACAGAGCCAGCAUUCUGAAGAGCAUCCAGCCGCCCACAUCCAUGUUUGAGGAUGCAGGACUGGUCCUGAGGCAGGUCAGGCAGAGCAAGAAGGUUCUGGAAGAAAACCUGGAAGCCAUUUUGAGAGCCACAGAUGGAGAGGUGCUUCACACGCAGUUAGAGGCACUGUCGAAAAACAGAGAUGUCCGUGAAGAGCUGAGGAUAAAGAAGACAGUUGAUGCCUGGAUCAAUACACUCAGCAAGGAGAUUCAGGAUGAGCUGGUGAGGGAGAACUCUGAGAGGAUUGUGGAGAGGAGCGAUGCUGCAGUCUCUAAAGUGGUGCAGCAGGGCCAGGGGAGCAGGAGCGGACGUGUGGCUGGUCCGAGAGGGGGAGGAAGAGGAAGAGGAGGAAGUGAAACCUCUGCGGCAGAGAAGAAAACCUCUCUGAGAGGCUCAGUUAGAGCGCAAGCAGAAAACACACUGGCACACAGCAAACAACCCGCUCUGUCUGUCAGAACCAGACCUGAAGGGAAGCGAGAGACGGCUCAGCCGGUUGGGAUAAAAUCUCAGGAUGAUCGGGAGUAUCUGGUCAGGCUGUAUGGAAAAGCCCUUUAUGAUGGCCAUCGACGAACACUUAAAAAAAGCCCUUACCUUCGAUUCAACUCCCCCACGCCAAAAUCCAAACCGCAACGACCGAAAGUAGUAGAGACUGUCAAAGGGGUGAAGAUGAAGUCAUCUAAAACCCAAACUAGCCAGUUUGUGGAUGAUGGUCCUGUGCUGCAGUCUUCAGUUUCUGAGCCCCAUUUCCUGUUCAGCCCCAGUGAUCCUGCCCAACAGCAGCAGCCUGGCUCUCCAGUGCGAGGUUACCUCGUUCCCAUGGCCAUACCUUUAGGUAAGCCCAGAGUGGAUGGCCAGGCCCCGGUGCCUUCAUGGGUCAUCAUUAGUGACAAACCAGCAACUGUAACAACCUCCUUCCAUUCCAUCACUGUUCCUGAACCCAAACCUGCUCCUGCUAUUCGGAAACCCAACACCAUCUUACUGGAGGUCCAGUCAGAACUGAAGAGACGGACCCCACAGCUCCAAAUACAGGUCCAGCCUGGUGUGAACAUUGAGAGUGGUCUGUGCUUCCGGCCAGCUUCCGCUACACCAUUGAUUCCAGCCGAAACCAUCCUUCCUCCACCGUCAACCCAUGCCGCCGAGGAACUGCAUGCUGGUGAAGAUCAGGAGGAAAAUAUCUUUCCCGGAACCAAUUUCUUGGCUGUAGCCGACAUCAGCCAGGAAACAAACAGUGGACUUCCAGACUCUCCUAUAGAGCUCAACGGGCUGCCGUCUCCUCCAGCUGCUCUGUAUCACGGCCCGGCGUUUCCUCCACAGCCUUCCCUGUCCACCCCUCUGACCGAGCCCAUCCUGAGCACCAUCCAGCAGAGAGAAACCCUGGAGAACAGGCUGGUAGAUUGGGUGGAGCAACAGCUCAUGGCCAGAAUGGUCACUGGAAUGUUCCCUCAGCCCGUCCAGACUGAUCCAGCCAGCCAAUCAGAGCCGGAGAAUAGUGUGCCAUCAGGCAUAGCCCCUCUACUCCUCCUCCGCUCCAUCCUUCCGUCUCUGUCGCGUCACUUCUGCUCAGUCGGCGAGGAGGAGGUGUCUACGGUACCAACACCUGCACCCACUCCUGAGCCAGGCUCGACUGAGCCGCUGUCUCCUGUCAGAACCCCUGAUCUUUCCGAGCAUCUUUCUUCAGUUUUGUCCCCCAAAGAAAACCAUCAGGGAUCUGCUUCAUCAGGUCCAAAUAGAAUUCCUGUGGGCACACCGGCUACCACACCAAUCCCAUCUCCCACCUGGGUGGCCACACCCUCACCUCCUCCAGCCAAUCAGAGCCCAGAUUCAGGAGCAGAGCUCCCCCUGGAGGUGGAAGAACCACACAGCGAGAGGCAGGAACAGCCUUCAGCUUUGACGUCAGUAGCCCAAGAGGACGAUGAGGAAGAAUCAGUCAUCCAUUCAUCUCCACCUCUCCCCUCCAAACCCAAGACUUCCCCACCUCCUCUUCCUCCUGUGAGCCAGGAACCUCCUCCUGCCGCCCCCCUUGAAUCCUUCUCUUCCUCCUCCUCCUCAGAGGAGAGCAGCACUAGUUUCAGUGUGACUGUCACGGAGAUGCAGACGCCAGCCAGACACAUCUCAGAGGGAGAGCUGCUGCUCACUCACGGCCAGAUGGCGGCAGUCAGAGUUCUGGAAGAGGAAGGAGUCCUUCUGCCUAGUUUGAUGACCAGCCUGAACAGUUCCCUGCAUGGAGUCCAAGAUAUGGAUUACGAUCCGCCCAGCGAAGGUCAGGUGAUCGGAGCUCCACGCCUUCCUGCUCAUCAUGAUCCCGUCCUGUCUCUGUUGGCCAGAAUGGAACGCGGCCCUGUCAGCCAAUCAAAGCAGCCAGAGAGAUGGUGGGAGGAGGAGAGCAGUGGAGAGGUCAGUGAGGGUCAGAGACCUCUUCUGACGACCGCAGCGGAGAUUGUGCUGACCGGACACUCACUCAUGGAUCAGCAGAGAUACACACAGCACAGAUCCACAGAGAUCUCACCACACGCCACACUCUCAUCACCUGGACAAGUGCUCGCCGACCACACGGGUGCAGUGGUUGAAGACAGUGGGCUGUCAGUGAACCUCAGGUCAUUGGAGAAACAGAAGGAAGCUGAGGUUUAUCAUCAUGUGGUGACUGUCUCCUCCCCUCAUCCACAGGACACACAAAAUCAGAGCUCCCAGACAGCACAGGCGGUCCACAGACCUGCACCAAUCCUGGUGAAGCAGUACCAAGACAAAGAGGAACCAGAGUUACCACAGCUGAGGAGACUUUCAGAUGGGACGUUUUUUGGGGACAAGAAGAAAGGUGAAGACAUUUUUCUGCACACAGAAGGAGGAAGUGAUGUCAGAGUGAUGUCAGUGAGGCUGCCCUCUGUCAAACAAGAUCAAGAGUCUGUCAGCCUCAGCUCUGUUGAAGGAGAUACAGACUCUUCUGCUAAUGAUGUGUUUUAACAGUGAUGACCUUGUGAAACCUCUGACAGGAAACAGCUAAGUGCCUGAAAGGAAGGAGAUGUUCUCAGCCUUAAAUUAUUCACAUCACAGAAACUCAUUUUUGGAUGACAGUCAGUGCAAGAGAUAUAAUGAACUCUCUCUAAUGUCUCUUGCAUUGCUGUUAAAUAAAUCCAUAUGUGCUGUUGUUUGCUGUGCGACUGUAAUAGACAAUAUACAAAUAUAUUUUAAACAAAUCUGUAUCUUUCUUUGUUUUUGCAUUUUCCCACAAUUUUAAACUUUUAAAUUGAAUUUUUCAUCAUUUGUCAUUUGUCGGGUUCUUUUGUCCAAGCGGGGCUGUUCUCUGUCAUGGUAAUGGCAGCCCAGUGCAUUACUUCAUUAAAGAGAGGGUUUUCACAUCAUUAGUCUCAGACUGCUGUUUCUCCCAUUACAGGGGGAGAUAGAGCGAGAUAGCCGCUAUCAGAUGCUGCUUUGCAGUGUCCUGCACUGAUGAUGCCUGUCUAAUAAGCAUCCUGUUUCUUUCAGCACUCAA